AUGCAGAGGACGACGAAGCGUACGAAACCCCCAAAUCUUGCUCUUUUCCACCAAGAGCCCAGUGAAUCUUCAAAUAUCUCCCUCGAUUCGGACAGUGACGAGGAUGUCGACCUCGACGCCGACGGCCCCGAGCUCGACGACGACGACACGAUCAGCCCGCCGUACUCGAACGGCGUCCAUAGACACUCUAGAACGCUGCCCAUUUUGACUCUGGACUCGGACGGUGAUGAGGACAAGGACGACGGCGCAGAUGAUGAUAUCAAACUGGAUUUGGGUGACGACGGUGAUGCGGACGAGUUGUCAAAGGACCUACGCGCCCUCGAGAAGCUUCGCAAGUCUGUACAGAAGAACCUCCGACUGCGUCCAAUACGCUCGUCGCAGCGUCUCCCGAAGGUCUCCUUGACGCCGUCCGCGAACUCAGAAUCGCCUGCGUCGGCAAAAUCCCUGCUAUCUAAAUCCCCAAGCUUCCAGCGUCUGCGGAAGCCCUCUUCGCAGGCGUCUCUCACCCCGACUGAGCCUGCCCCGUCGCCUUCGCCGUCACCCAACACAACUGUGCGCUCGCCAUCGUCCUCGGUGUCGUACUCGUCGUCGAAAUCGCCAGGCUCACCCUGGAACGCCGUCGAUUCCACAAGCUCGACCGAUGACACCGAAACGGAUGUCGACACUGACGUAAAUACGGUGGAUACGGACGUGAGUGUUUCGACAACGGACACCAAUGUCAGCGACGAGCCCAUGAGCGCGACGAGUAUCAUCUCCAACUACUUCACACCGCUGUCCGAACACAAUCCCUCACCAACAUCGUUCCUUAUCAGCCACCCCCCGCUAUCACCUCCCAUGCAAACAUCCCUCGUGCCUACGCCCAUAACACUCGACCACCUGCAGUCGAUUCUUGCCAUCACAGAUACCCGUCCACUCAUGAUUGAUACCCGCCCCCCGCCAGUCCACCUCGCUGCCCAUGUAGUUGAUUCCGUCAACCUUGCGAUUCCGAGUCUUCUUCUGAAGCGCACGCGGAAGCAGAAGCGCUCAGUGACGAGUACCACGUUCCCCACCCUACAUUCUCUUCGUCAGUAUAUUACAACUGACGAGUCGCUCACUGUGUGGGACUCUCUGCUCGUCCAAGGCCAGCCCAGUGCACGAUGGGACGGCACGCUCGUCGUCUACGAUCACCAUAUGGAUGCUUUACAGAAAGAAGAUCCUAAUAGUGCCUCUUGGACUCUUCUGUAUAUCCUGGAACCAAUACUACGGGGCAUCUCUACUGGCCGUUUAUGUUAUCUCGAAGGUGGCUUCGCAGCCGCGCUGAGUCGGAAGGAUUUUGCAUCAGGCUAUAUCGUAGCUGGCAACAGCACGACUGGAUCUGCCUUCGUUGGGAAUGGUGGGUGGUUAACGGAGCCCGAUGCGAAGAAACCGAAGCCAAACGACACUCCCUCCAUAAAAAAGCUCCCUUCCCUUGGUUUGUUCCAACUGGACACACAAACGGCCGCGCGGUCGAAGCAGCUGCCAGAGAUAGACUUGAGCUCGUCUGCUACCGCGUCGCCCUCAGAAUCACGGCAAGACUUCACCACAUCCUCGAGUUCGCCCAACUUGUCGCCCAAUCCGCAAGGAUCUUCGUCCAACGUCUCCUCUCCGUCUCCGACCAGAUUACAUCAUCUCCACGUCUCCCCGCCCACAUCGUAUCUGACCGCGCAUACUAGCUCAUACCUUGGCGACCCUCCUCGCUCACCCAUGCCUGUGAUGCCCUCGGCUAUGGCAGCGUCUUCACCCAUAUCCCCGUACAUGAAUGGACGAUUUAAGUCAUCAAGUCUGGGGCCAGCUUCAUCUUCGCCUGGCCGGCAGCCCAGUACCACACCCUCUGGUACCCCUGGUUCUCUAGGUCGUGGCAAAAUUAGUGUCGCGAUACCAAAUCAUCUUAUCAUUGAUUCCUCGCCAUCACCGCCGCCUUCCCAAUCCCAUCCUCAUCUAUCUUUCCGAAAGCCACUACCACCUUCAAAUUUCCGCAGGCCAAGCAUUCAACGUCUGAACACAAGAUCAGUGGAAAAGUUACCGUCUAUAAGUACAGGCGUCGAACCCACGAAGCCAAAGCUUGGACUAGAUAUCAAGUCGACGGAGGGUCUACCACGCUUGGACAUCAAGUCGGCAGCCGCUGUCAGUUCCCUUCCGCGAUUAGACAUUAAGUCUGCGACGCGGACGAAAUCUGCUGAACGCCUCCCGAAACUCAGCUUACGCACGACAGGGAUUGGGCCGUCGGUCAAAGGGCGUUCAGCGACGCUAAGUGUACCGCCAAGUGCUAUUGGCGAUGGGGGCGGGUUCGCUAACAACUUUCGCGGAGGCGGAGGCAGCGGUGUUGAUGGCACUUUGGCUUGGGGUAGUAGCAUUGGAGGAAGUGGUUAUGGGGGGCACGGGAACCAGGCCAUGAGGAGUCCGGUCGACUGGGGAUUCCUGAACGCAGGCUACGGGAAGAUGGCGCAGACGGUGACCGGUGGGCAGGCAAUGCAGGAUGAUGAUAACACCGGAGAGAAGCUUGGUGAAGGCGAACGUGGGCGAUCGCGGGACAAGGGAGGAGAGGAUAGGCUUACGCCAUAUUAUACGCCGCCGCAUUCACCAGGGACUCCGAAAGCACCUGUCUUUGAAGGCCGCUUGAAUGGGUUUGACGAUACGCGGAACGAGAACGGGAUUCCUCCGUCGCCGAAGACUGCACGGCCGGAUUCGUCAUCUCCUGCGCCCGGAUUUCCUCCGUUCUUACCCCGUGUGGAUGUUGUUUCUAGCGACUCGUCUUCAAACGGCGAUAUCUCGUACCCUGCGUCACCAUCUCAUGCAGAGUUUCCUCGGUCACCGAUGGCCAUGUCAUUCGGCAUGGAUCCUCCACCUACAGCGUUUGGCAGCUCGUUUCCCCACCACUCCGACCUCGACCACGACCCAAGAAGCGACGAUACCGACGGUCCCCCGACAACAGAAGACCCACAUCCACCCUUCACUGUUUCUAUCAUCCUCCCGCAAUUCCUGUUCCUGGGCCCAGAGCCGUCUGCCGAGGACCAUCUGCAGAUGCUGAAAGAUCAUGGGGUCAAACGAAUAUUAAACCUUGCCAUCGAGUGCGACGAGAAUGACCAUGGGUUAGCUCUCGCACAGACCUUUGAAAAGUAUACGAAAAUAGCGAUGAGGGACCAUGUCGAGGAAGAGGGCGUAGUGGGCAAGGUGAGGGAAGUCUGCGAUAUACUUGACGACGCUCGCCUGCAUAGUGCCCCCACCUUCGUACAUUGCAAAGCUGGAAAAUCGCGCUCGGUGACGGCUAUCAUCGCUUAUCUGAUACACGCAAAUCACUGGACGCUAUCAAAAGCCUAUGCGUUCGUCCUCGAGCGUAGGAAAGGCAUCUCGCCUAACAUUGGCUUCGUCUCGGAGCUUAUGACAUUCGAGGAAGAAGAAUUGGGCGGAAAGAGUAUUGGCGUACAGCCGUCGGUUCCCGGAGGACAGCAAGGGGAUAGUAGCGUAAACCAGGCAUACCACGGCGUUGGUGCUGGUGGAAGGCGCGGUGGUCAUAUUCGUGAAUCGUUGCCCCCUGUGUUCACCACCGCCGGCCCAGUGUCAGCCUUGGAGCCGAUUGGGAACGGGUUGGGAGGGGAGGGCGAUGCUGGACCGAUGAGCGCUGGGACAUUGUUGGUAGGAAGUGUACGCGCCGAAGUGGGGCAAGACAUGGAGAUUAAGGACGCGCAGGGUAGAUGGCGGCAUGCGCGUCGCGCUCCCGUAGACGAGCAGACCUUGCAACCGAUGCGGCGAGUUAGCAAGGCCGGGUUAGAGAGUUCUGCUUAUGGUUAUGGUGUUCCAUGA